AUGGAAGGAAGAUCUGAUUCCGUAGCGACCUCACAAUCGGGAAGUGAGAUGAGCCACAGUGAAAACAAGAACAGGGCCGGGAUGAUUGCCAGGAAGAGGAAGUUCGCCUGUGUGGAAUGUCGGCAGCAGAAAUCAAAAUGCGAUGCUCACGAAAGAGCACCAGGACCAUGUACUAAAUGUGCGAAAAAGAAUGUCCCAUGCAUUUUAAAACGGGACUUUAGAAGAACUUAUAAGAGGGCAAGGAAUGAAGCUAUCGAAAAACGAUUUAAGGAACUUACUAGAACUUUGACUAAUUUAACAUCGGAUGAAAUUUUGAAGAAAAUUGAGGAGGAACAAGAGAUUGUUUUAGAUAAUAGCAACUUUACGAAGGAAAAAGUAAAACGACUCAGGAAAAGUGCGUUCGAGUCGACAGAUAUAGAAUCAAGAUCAUAUAGAACACUUCGAGGAGAACCGAUUGCUUACAAUACCAACAGAAAACACACUGAUUCUUCUCCUUUAACACUCUUAAGUCCAUCGACAAACUCUGAUUAUGUGCAACCCAUAAACGUCAUGACAGAGGAACAACUCAAGUGCUUGCCUAAAAGUCUAGGUGAUGUAUAUUUGUCAAGCAGCGAUAUUGCUGAGUUGUUUCAAGAAUUUGCGACUAAAUAUCAUCAGUUUUUACCGGUAGUCGACCUUUCAAAAGGAGCAGAACGGAUCUAUCACUUAUCUCCAUGCUUAUUCUGGGUCAUCCUGCUCAUUGGUUUGAGGCGAAAAUUUGGAGCUACAGACUUAAUGACUAGAUUGUCUGUGUUGGUAAAGUCCGUUUUAUCAGAAAUUACCAUUUCCCCAAUCAUCCGAUAUACUCCAUCGGAUAAUGACGAACCAGUUUUAAACGUAGCAUCUGUGUACUCGGUACAAGCGUUUCUUUUAUACACUUUCUGGCCCCCUUUAACUUCCUCGUUAAGCGCUGACACUUCGUGGAAUACCAUAGGGACGGCAAUGUUCCAGGCGCUCCGAGUGGGGUUAAAUUGUGCUGGGUUUUCGAAAGAAUAUGCUUCUGCAAAUUUGGAGUUAGUUAACGAGCAGAUACGAACUUGGAUUUGCUGCAAUGUAGUAUCUCAAACGGUGGCAUCAUCGUUUGGAUUUCCAGCUUAUGUUUCCUUUGACUACAUAGUAAUAAGCUCUACCAGAAUGUCGAACUCGAAAAGUCAGGUAGAUAUAUCAAAAGAACUAAGACAAAUGGCCCAAAUUGCAAGAUUUGAGAACCAAAUCGUAAACACAAUGAACUCCACCCCGGCAAGUGCCACGGGGAUGGUAAGUCAAGAGGAAAAACAGCCCUUGCUGCACGUCCUUAAUCAACAGCUAAGCCAGCUAGAAGUCAGUCUUGAAGAAAAUAAUCUAGAUGAUAUUAGAAAAUUUCUGUUACUAGUGGCAAAAGUCCACUUGUUAACAUAUUAUUUCACUGAUAUUACGUCUCAGAAUGCCCGAAAAUCAAAUGGAAAUAUUUAUCAGGGAUCGUAUUCUGUAAUCGAACUCGACACGAGUUUUGAGACAAAGCGUGGAUUAGUGAAAGUUUAUAAUGCUGCCGUAAACUUUCUUAUACAUGCCAAUAAUAUGUGGGAACAUGACUCUACUAUAAUCAAAUACUUUCCAGGGCUGUUCGUGUUGAACAUAUGGCAAUCAGCCUGUAUUAUUAGUAAACUCAUACAUUCAUCACUUCAUUCGAUGCUAGACAUUAACUCCGGUAAAAAGGCUUACAACAACGCAAUUUCGCUAACAUUUAACGCCUCAGUUUUGAAAUAUGAUAUGGCAUACAGGUCAUCUGGGAUAAUGCGAAGUAUAUGGAGCUUAUUUGCGAAUAUGUACGAUGCAUGGAAAAACGGUCAAAAGGAAUGUGAGGGAAAAUUGGAAAAUGACUUCAACUUGGGGAUUACCAUAAAGUCCAGGAUGUCGGUAAACGUCUUCUUUGAUUGUUUGUAUAUCUUGAAAGAGAAAUGUGGUAUGGCCAAAUUAGAAAGAGAAACAAAGGUUUCUACGGCAUAUAACGUCGAUGAGGAAGAUGAAGACGAAGAAGAAGAAGACGAAGAGGGGGAAGAGGAGGAAGAGGAGGAGGAAGCAUUGACCGGUAAUGUUCCAGAAAGUGUGGAUAACCAGCCAAUAAGAACUAGGAAAUUUACUAAUGUUAGACAUCCAGAAAAGAAGGCAAGGAGGAUCAUUGAAACCAUUCCCCUUGACCCAAAUCCGAUCAAUGCGGGUUCUACCAGCAGCGGAAGCUCCUUGACAACCCCAAAUAGUCAAGUAGCAAAUACUAUAUCAUACAGAGGUAUCCUGAGUAAAAUGUCUCCCAGAGAGCAGCUGAAUCGUGCGAAGCUAGAUUCCGAGGCUAUUACAGAAAUAAAGGAACUUGACAUUAUUAAUGAGCCUUUGCCAAUGGCGGCGGACGUUGAACACUUGGCAAGUCAACCAUCUCUUCCAGUGGCACAAGUGCAAGAAAACGCACAACAGACGGCACAGACCAACUCUCUCUUGGAAGCGUAUCCCUUAGUCCAAGAACAUCCUGCUGCAAGUGGAAACAAAGAAUCACCUAAUUCCAUCAUGGCGAAUUGGGAUAACUGGGAAUCCGAUAUGGUUUGGAGAGAUGUUGAUAUUUUAAUGAACGAAUUUGCGUUCAAUCCCAAGGUUUGA